AUGGAAGUGGGUAAAAGUGAACGUCGCCCACAGACGGCAUCCGAAUUACGCGAAAUGGCGCGAUACGUAGAGCGUCGACUGGAAACCAUUGAGGAAAUCACCAAGAAAAUAGCGCAAAUUCAGAACGUCGGUUUGGGUGACCAGCGGAUUCGCGAGCUGAACGAUGAGAUCAACAAGCUACUGGGGGAAAAGCGUCACUUGGAAGACCGUAUUUCCGACCUGGGAGGCCGUACCGUACCGGCUUCCUUCGAGUAUGAAGGUCGCGAAGUGCCAGCAAAGCCUGGCUCGCUGUACUUUGGAGCGGCCAAGCAAUUGCCCGGAGUGAGAGAGCAAUUGUUCGUGGCUUUGCCGAAAAACACGCGGCCCAAUUUGAUGGGGGAUAUCGAUAGUGAACGAGCCAUCAAGAAGAUAGUGAAGGAGUUUAAGGAUGAAAUGAACGGUGCUGGUACAGCAUUGACUCCGGCAGAAGGAGCCAGGACACGGUCCAUCCCGGAUGAGCCAAUGGAACCAACAGCACCACUAGGAUUCACUGCACCCCCCGAUCAAAAGGAUUGA